AUGGGAUGCGGUUUUGGUGGACUCGGAAUGUUUGGAGGAUACGGCGGCAUGGGUGGCUACGGCAUGGGCGGAUACGGCGGAUACGGCGGAUAUGGCGGAUAUGGUAUGGGCUAUGGCCUGGGAGGCAUAGGAUAUGGCGGCUUCGGUGGAUACGGCAUGGGCGGUUUGCCUUGGAGGAUGUGGAUUCGGCAAAUAGCCAAGCAUGGUAACACUUCCAUCAAUAAAGUUCUCAGUCGCCUGCAUUUCUUCUACCUCAUGUAA